UCAACUUCCUUACAAUAGUUGACAAGUAGAGAAAGGGGGAAAAAGUAGCAACUUUCACGAUCAUUGGCACUACGAAAUUAGUAAAGUAUAAACGUCACUCUCCAUUGUUGAAGUAGCGGCGACUUCCAAAUCCUAACUACACCCAAUCGAACAUUUCUCUUUUUGGGUUUGGGUGUUGGAAUUCAGCCGCAAAUUUAUGCACAUGAGGUGUUCGACAGUUUGCCAAUCUGUAGCAAGCUGCAUGAAUAUACCAAAUAGUACUACUGGAAGUCCUUAUCUUCUGCCAAAACCCGUUAAAUUCUCUAACAGUGCAUUGGUGUUACGCUCGCCUAGUUCGUAUGCUCAUGUAAAUGGGUUCUCUUGCCGCUGCGCCACUACGUCGGUGCCACCUGGCGAAGAUGUGUUCUCAGUUGUUACUUCUAACACAAAGUCUGAAGUGGAUUACCUUGGUCAAAGCACCAAAGGCGAUUUGAACCUCAAUUUUGGUACUAUUCCAUACAUCUCUACAAGAAUUGAUGGCCAGGCACUGCAAGGCCCUAUUGAGGAGGUGGCAAAAAUGGAAGCUCAAGAAGCAGAGAACCUGCUUAAACACUUGGGCAUUCCGGUUCCGCAUUCUGCUCGACAUUCCCCCCGUGGCAUAUUCUGCACACGCACAUUAAAUCUACGAUCAAUAAGUGUAAUUGGUUACGAUAUGGACUAUACACUGAUGCACUAUAACGUGAUGGCCUGGGAAGGAAGGGCUUAUGAUUACUGCAUGGAAAAUCUGAGAAGUGUGGGUUUCCCUGUGGAUGGGCUUGCAUUUGACCCUGAACUGGUGAUUAGAGGUCUUGUAAUAGACAAAGAGAAAGGUAACCUGGUUAAAGCAGAUAGAUUUGGGUAUAUUAAGAGGGCAAUGCAUGGAACGAGAAUGCUCUCAACUCGAGAAGUGAGUGAGAUUUACGGGAGAGAACUGGUUGAUCUGCGUAAGGAGAGCAGAUGGGAGUUCCUCAAUACACUAUUCUCAGUUUCAGAAGCAGUGGCUUAUAUGCAGAUGGUAGAUAGGCUGGAUGAAGGAGUUAUAGGACCAGAUCUCUGUCCACUUGAUUAUAAAGGGCUUUACAAGGCUGUUGGUAAGGCACUCUUCAGGGCACAUGUAGAAGGUCAACUGAAGAGUGAGAUAAUGUCCAAACCUGAACUAUUUGUAGAGCCUGAUCCUGAGCUACCUUUGGCAUUAUUGGAUCAAAAGGAGGCUGGGAAGAGGCUCUUGCUGAUUACAAAUUCAGAUUAUCAUUACACAGACAAAAUGAUGCAGCAUUCGUUUAAUCGGUAUCUUCCCAAUGAUAUGAGCUGGCGAGAUCUAUUUGAGAUGGUUAUAGUCUCAUCUAGGAAGCCGGAAUUCUUCCAAAUGUCCCACCCAAUGUAUGAAGUUGUGACUGGUGAAGGUCUAAUGCGUCCUUGUUUUAAGGCUCGCCCAGGUGGGUUGUACUCUGGAGGAAGCGCUCAGAUGAUUGAGAGUUCUCUCAAUGUCCAUGGAGAUGAAAUCUUAUAUGUUGGUGAUCAUAUAUAUACGGAUGUAAGCGUAUCCAAGGUCCAUCUCCGGUGGAGAACUGCUUUGAUUUGUCGAGAACUAGAAGAGGAGUAUAAUGCCUUAAUUCAUAGUCAACAACAUCGAGCUACUUUGAUUGAUCUUAUCAAUCAAAAGGAGGUUCUAGGUGAUCUUUUUAACCAACUUAGGCUUGCUCUUCAGAGGAGAACCAUGGGACGUCCUGCACAGACCCUUGCUGCCACACAUAUGGAAGAUAAUGAACUCACAGAAAGCAUGCAAAAGCUACUUGUCGUUAUGCAGAGGCUAGACCAGAAAAUUGGUCCAAUGUUGGAUGAGGACGGAGAGCUUUUCAAUAAAAGGUGGGGUUAUCUUUCGCGUGCAGGUCUGUGGGAUAAAAGCCACUUGAUGCGUCAAAUUGAGAAAUAUGCUGAUAUUUAUACUUCCAGAGUUUCAAACUUCCUCCACUAUACACCUUUCAUGUAUUUCCGUGCCCAAGAACAGAAUCUCGCCCAUGAUUCAUACACAUUUGACCAUCUACGGCGUGAUAAUUAACAGGAGUGGUGGAAUCUCAUUGUAGCUCUAUGGCUAGUUCUCAGUUGUAUAUUAGAUGUUAAAUUUGGCAUCGUCUCUCCUCCACCCUUGUACUCCAACCCCACACCUGCUUCAACGUGCUGUUGCAGGAAUCCAGUAUCUGCUAUCCAAUGGCAUAGCUAUGUUAUUGUACAAGUAAACAACUGAGACAGUUCAUAAUAAUCACUAGAAAAACCUAAGUCAUCAAAGCCGUCCUGCCAGUUCAUUGUAUUGACUUAUGUUUUAGUGAAAUGUAGCUCUCUUUGACAUUCUCACUGCAUCUGUUUUUACUAUUCAGAAGACUUUUUGGAUUUGAGAACUUGCCAGAUUUUAUAUUGAUAUCAAUGGCGACUUUGUUGGAUA